AUGAACAACUCUACAGUGAACUUCACCACGCCUGAAGCCUCUACAACUCAUUCCUUUGUGCUAGUGGACAUUCUUGAAAUGUGUGCGUGCAGUUUAAGUUUCCUGGUUGGUCUUCCAAUACACUCCUUUGUAUUAUGGCUCAUUGUCACAGGAACAGAAAGUGGAGUUGCAUCAGUGUUCUUCAAACUUAAUCUAUCUGUUUGUGAAAUUUGUAUCUGUGUGGAGAGUUUGAUUUUUAUACUGUCAUUUUGGUUUUCAAAUCUCACAAAAUUAAUAUGUUUUUUAAUAGGACUAGCGGUCACUGGCCGUCCUCUGUUUCAGUGUCUGAUCUGUGCUGAGUGUUACCUGGCAGUGGUUCAUCCUGUAACCUUUCUGAAGUACAAACCUCUCAGAUACAGAGUGAUCUGCUCUGCUGCAGCCUGGAUAAUUAUUCUUGGCUCAUGUCUUUUCUCUGUGUUCAUCUCACCAUAUACUAUAACACAUACAUGGUUCUUUUCAGUGCAGUUCCUCCUCUUCCUCUCCAUCCAGUUGUUUUGUUUUGUGGCUGUUCUCAGAGCUCUGAAGCAGUCAGGACCAGGACAGAGAGGGAGAGAGAGAGAGGAGGAAAACCACAUGAAAAGAAGAGCUUUUCAUUUCAUUCUUAUAUGUACUGUGAACACAGUAAUCAUAUAUGUCCCAUUUACAAUCUCAGGAUUCUUUACCAUUUUAACAAAACAGAAUAUUCGUGCACUUUGGGUGAAGGUCCUGGAAGUAGCAGAGGAGUGGAGACGUUGA